AUGGCAUAUUACUUACUUGAGCAGUUUUUAGAGGUAAUUCGAAUAUCAUUGUAUAUAUCACUGAUUUACCAUUUUGUACUCUACAAUUCAAGAGCUAAUUCAAGAGCUGUGAUAAUACCAUUGUUAAACUACAAAGGAAUCCUUUUGCAGAGCAAGUACCAUAUAAGAAGGCCUUAGACGAUGCUGUGGUGGAAGCAUCAAAUUCUGUUGGAGAAAUUAUAAGGUUUGGAAAAGCACUUAAGAACAGCCAAGAUUACUUCGACAAUGACAUACGUCCAUUCCUUCAAGGAUUUAUUGACGAUGCCAGGUUGCUUAGCACCUACACUAUCGCAUUAUUUGCAGCUGAAACGGUAAAUUAAAUACAAAUAAGAUAUUUAUUCAAACUUUGUAUCAUAUAUCCUUCACAAAGUAUACGACAAUUUGUACAUCCAUUACACAGCCAUAUUCAUUGUGCUAUUUUUACGUGUAAUUAUUACUGAAACAAUUCUGUGAACUGAAUCAUAUACACUAUACGGGCUGAUUGGUCAUAUACGACGACGAAAUUGAGUAUAGUGUAAGGUUAGGGGCACCCAACGGCUGGAAUGUACUCAGUAUGGCAAUAUGUUGAUAGUUUGGUGAUUUGCCACACAACCCUAAACCUGAGAUAACUGCUGCUUGUUUUUAAAUGUUGCUUCGAACACUGUUAAUUAAUUGAAUAUUUACCCAAACUCCAAACCAACAGUUCUGACCUCCAAAGAAGUAGACUGUCUUGUUUACACAGCCUACCAUCGAUAGAGGAAAUAUUAGAUAGAGGGUCAGAGAUUGGUUGCUUAUAACGAUUUUCUAAUAUUUGUAUAGAUACUUGAAAGCGCAAAUUGUGAAGAGGAAAAGGCUGACUUAAGGGUUCACAUUAGAAACAUCAUCUACCCUCAUGGAAUCAAGCAUUCCCAAAUAGAAAAUAACAAUAUCUAGACAGCGGAUCAUCUUGGCUUCAUUGAAGAACUGUUGAACAUCGUAUCUGACUGGUCCCCAGUAACAACUUGUGUGUUUUUAUCUUUGGAAGUUAAAGCAACAUGAUUGAAAAAAUAUUGCUUAGCUUUUUAAAAUAUGUUGUAUUGUUACUUCAGCUUGCGGAAGUCAGUCAGCGGAAGCAACAGAAAGUAACUACGGCAUUCUAACGUGCAAUAAAAGCAAAUCUCUUCCUACAAACACCCAAAACAGUAUUCCAUCUGGCGAUGAAAGUGAAUCUCUGCCUACAGACACCCAAAAUGGCAUUCCAUCGGAUGAUGUAAGCAUAUCUCUGCCUACACAGACUCAAAAUGGCAUGCCUACACACACCCAAAACAGCAUUACCUUGGGUAAUGAAAGCGAAUCUCUGUCUACACACACCCAAAACGGCAUUCCACUGGACGAUGAAAGCGAAUCUCUGGCCCUCGCACCCAAAACAGCUUUCCACUGGGCGAUGAAAGUGAAUCUCUGUCUACACACACCCAAAAAUGCACUCCAUUGGGCAAGGAAAGUGAAUCUCUGCCUCCACACACACAAAACUGCACUCCACUGGCUGACGAAAGUGAAUCUCUGCCUACACACACUCAAAAUGGUAUUCCAUCGGGCGAUGAAUGUGAAUGUCUGCCUACACACACUCAAAACGGCAUUCCAUCUGGUGAUGAAAGUGAGUAUAUGUCUACAGACAUACCAAGCGAUCCUGCAGGUGCCAAUAACAAUUUGGAUGACAGUGGACUCUUUCAUUAAGGUAUGACAUCUGUUGAUGAGUUCUGACUCAUACAUGAAUCUACAUUCAAGGUACCAAGGCAUGCAUCCAUGUUUAAUACAUGCUACAUGGGUAGAUAAAGGUUUUAUUAUAUGGGAAUGCAACAGACAGGAAUCUGUUUGAUUCUAUUCUAACUUAGAUUAAACAACCCUAGAUUAACAUCAGUACUGUGAAAAAUGUAUGUGUUGGGAUGGCUCAUGUUAAAGUGUUUAUGCAACAAAAUUUUGGACAUCGUUUUUUUUUCACAAAUGUGAAAGACCAAGGUGCCUCGAGUACUAUGCAAAAAAAACAAAAUUAAAACCAGACAUAUAGAACUCAUUUUAUAACGUCUCAAAAAUAGUGAUUUUGAGAGUUACUUGCGAAAAUUGAUCGCAGCUGCGUGAUGUCACAAGUAGGACGCAAUAAUCCGCAAAAUGGAAAUAAACAUGGUGAGCAAAGGUGAAUCUAACCAUCACAGUGGCAAAUAUUGUGUCAUUGGCGGACCACAUAAUGUGAGCUGUACGAAUGUCCAACACACAAAAGAAGUCUCAAUCCAUAAAUUACCAAACAUGACUAAAGAGCCUAAAAGACACACCAAAUUGGUUAAAUUUGAAAUCGGACGUCAGUAUUAUGUGGCAGCAUUUCAAAGAUUUGUGUUUCAAACAAAAUAGAAUUAUUGCAGCUUUGCUGGAUAUAAAGACAAGGUUAAAGUGUGAUUCAAUACCAACACUUGACAACGCAAAAGAAGUCAUGCAGAUAGAGAAAUCACUUUCAAAUAGGAAACGUAGAAAGCUGAGAAUUUAAAUAUAUAGACUGAAUAUAUUAAUAAAUUUAUAUAUGUUUGAUACUCUGGGGCCGGUUGUAUAAAAACGUUAUUAGCGCUAACUGUACUUAGCGCUAAUCACUGUAGUUAAAUCCUUAACUGUAAUUAGUUAACUACAUGACUUAACUGCAUUGCACAAAACGUAGUUAGUCGGAUAGUUAACUAAUCACAUAGUUAACUGUGCGUGGAGCUUGCGUGGGGGAACACAAAAUUACAUAAAGUAAGCAGCGAACAAUGACUGCUGACAUGCAUUUUUAACAUGAUUGUGGACUCAUAUUUUGCAAAUAGGCAGGAAUUUUAUUCAAAACACUAGAAAGCAGUGAAAAAUAAACAAGGAAACAAGGAAAAAUAUCCACAAAAAUCAUAAAAGAAUGCAGUUUUUCCUUGAGAUGUCUACGUUAAACCAAGGUAUAGCUGUUUGGCAAUUAUAUAUCAGUGUUUCUUGGUGUAAUGGACCAUACUUCGUCUUCGAGAAAUCCUCCUGUGCAAAAAUAUGUUCUGUUUUCGUAAAAACACCAAAGCGAUAGCGUUUGAAGAGUUUAUAUUAUCAGGAAACAUUGACAGGGAAAAUAGCGAUUGAAAAUCUCAGGUAAGUGUUGCUUUUCAUUAUUGUUUUACUGAAAAAUGUUGUUCACUCCUAUACAAAUGCCAUUUUUAACUACGUUUUGGACAGUUAACUAUACGCUAAAGCAUAGUUAACUUUAAUUACUUUUUAACUGCAGUUAAGACUAACUACACUUUUAUACAACCGGCUUAACUAUGUGAUUAAAGUUAACCACUUUUUAACUACUUUUUAACUGCAGUUAGCGCUAACUACAUUUUUAUACAACUGGCCCCUGGUGUACAAUAAACUGUAAACAUGUUUGAGAUUGCUGUUUUCAUGAAUUGCAUUGUUUUGUUCUAGAUUAUGUGUGCUAUCCCUCUUCAAGUAGGGGACCAAAGUAUACUGGAGAAGAGUACGUCUUCAAAAGUGACCGAAAUCGAGGACAUCACAUAUUCGCCAAAUACUAUACAUGCAUCUGAAAACACACAGGAGCGAUUUUUGCCAAAUGAGCCUGAAUGCCAUAGCUGUACAAAAUUAAAGGCGAAAGUUGUUAAGCUGCAGAAGAAAAUAAGCUACCUGACGAAGAGACAACAAGAACUAAUCUCCAGAACUGAAAAGGUUAGAAACACUUUGUUUUGUUUACAUUUGGAAACACCCCUUGCUUUCAUGCUUUGUUUACCUUUAAUUUCCUGCAUAUUUUUCUGGCAGGUAAAUUUUCGAUUUAUAUACAGUAUAAUAAAAUAGAUUAUGUUUUGCAUUGUUUAAUCUACAGCACAGAACAAUUAAUAACAAAACUCUACUGA